UGCGCAGGCGCACCGACCGGGGACGAGCGGUAACGGUCCGAUGGUGCCGUUGGUACCUUUUGUGGUUCCCAUCGUGGGUGACAAAACCUUGCGGGUGUGGGAGCUGAGCUCUGGACCCACGGCCGAGGCCUUGGUCAUUAUCAUUCCUUAUGAAAAGGAAGGUAACCCAGAAGCUUGCUAUUCAGAAGGCUAUGACAGAUGCAUUCCGGAAACUGCUGAUUGUGGUUUUAGGGUCUUACCUAGCCGUAUGGCCUGCUGCCUCUGCCAAUUUAAAAACACUAUUGAGGUUGUCUGUAAGACAGUCAAGCUGCGUUGUGACAGUGAAUGCCUGACAGACGUCACACGUUGUGAUGAAGAAACAUCUCUAGGGAAUGCAGAAGGAUCGUUGAUGAAGGUGUUACAAGCGUGGAAGAAGAACAACAGCCCCGAGCUGACUAUUGAGUCAGAGAGGGCAUCCUCAGAUAAAAGUGCUAUCAGCUUGUCAGGCUUCAUGAAUGAGCAGCUGGACUUUAAUAAAAACAGUGAUAUUAUCAGGGCACGAAUUUACAUACUGCCUUAUAUCUCAGAGGGAAAUCUAGGAGAUGUGGAAUCAACAUUAUUACCAUUCCUUCAAGUUCUUUUUUCAAAUACACAAGAUGGAGAUACGCCGCUGGGCCUUUUGAAAAACAAUACAAGGAGCCCUUCUGUUAAACGUGUACGCAACAAUUCAACUAAUAAAAAUAGAUGGAGGAAACUCCAUUUUCUGGAAAAUUUGUUAGAUGCAGAAACUCAAGAAAAAAUGGAUGAGGUGAAAAAGGAAGAAAAACCUGCCACGCGUACGCGUUCCAACCUUUUAAGUGCCAUGUAUAAACGCUACAUCUUUCAAAAGAAGUUGGAAACUGCCCAACCACAGAAAGACAGCCUAGCAAAGACUAAGAGUACAGAGGAAAAGCUGCUGAGAAUGAACAGGGUCCUCAAGGGCCCGAGGGGCCUACAGAAAAUGCACCUCCAAGCAGUGGGAGAUGAGAGCGUCUGGGGGAAACAGAAUGCCCAGCCAUCUGUGGCGAGCACUGCCGAAGAAAGAAGGCUCAGGAGGCCAUCCCCAAGAAAGCUGAAUCAGCUACUCAUGGUGCAGAGGCCCAGGAAGCUGGUGGGAAAGUCCUCCAAUGCAGAGUCUUCAUUCAUAAAGGAACACAAGGCAGCAGGUUCCUCUACCCUGAAACAGUACUUCAAGGGCAGGCCUUCUGCCUCCAUCCCUCCAAAAUCCCCACCUGAGGUUAAAAGCAAAUCAAAAGACUUAUCCAACACUAUACUUGUUUUAGAAGAUGCAAAGGCUAGACUUAGAAAUAUUAAGGAUUUUGAACUAAUCUCACAUUCUGGGAAAAAAUACAUCUUCCAUAAAAUUAGGACUCAUCGGGUCCACAGAAAACCCAAAGUCAAAAGGAGUCGAAAGUUCAGAAAGAAAAUUUCACCCAAUAGAGUGAUGCUUGCAAGCCCUCCGUUCUCUGUAGGGAGGAGUCUCAUAAAUUCCCCUCCACGAGAGGCUGUUUCAUCUUCACGAGAAGUGACUUCUCAGGAAAAUCCUUUUCCAGAAUUAUUUUCUCUUUCAGACCCUUCCAUAGAAAACACUACUUCAGAAAACAAUACUGCACAAAAUGUUUCUGAAAAAAUUAUUUCUACAGGAAACUCUAGUCUGCCAGGAGGAACCAGCCCUGGAAACACUACCCAUAGGAAUGUCUCCACUGCACAUUCUACUGUCGCUGCAGACAACAGUAUGCCAACUGUUCAACACACCAACGAAACACAAUGGGAGUAGCACAACACGGGCACUGAAUUAUCCUCUAAGCCCACAGGCUUCACUUUCCUAGGGUUCACAUCCCCGGGUGAUCAAGUUGAAACUCAGCUAAAGCAGCAGCUACGGUCCCUCAUCCCCAACAAUGACAUGCGAAGGCUCAUUUCUCAUAUUAUCCAGACUCUGAAAAUAGACUGCUCGGAGACCCACGUGCAGCUGGCCUGUGCCAACCUCAUCUCUAGAACAGGCCUCCUGAUGAAGCUUCUCAGCAAGCAGCAAGAAGUAAAGGUGUCCAAAGCGGAAUGGGAUACGGACCAGUGGAAAAGUGACAACUCUAUCAGUGAGAGCACAGAAGCCCAGAGUGAGCAGAAAGAGCAGGAGUCAAGUGAGCUCACAAAAGAAGUUCCAGGAUGUGGCUGUAACAACAAACUCAUCUUGGCAAUAUCUGUAACUGUAGUAGUGACGAUUUUGGUUACAAUUCUCUGUCUCAUUGAGAUUUAUUCUCAUAGAAUUGCAAAAGGGGAAGAUAAAAAAAGAAGCAGAAGAUAAAUAUUGGUCUUUUAACGCAGAAUUUUACAACUAGAGGAGAACUUAGAACUCAUCUAUUUCAAUUUCCUCACCAAAGGCAAGAAGAAUGUUUCAUUACCCUAAUGGUUUACCCUAAUUUAUUUAUCAGCAGAAUUAGCUUCCCAGCCCAAGCUGAGUUAGAACAGGACUGGCACAGAUUCAUCUGCUUUCACUAGUCCUUUAAGGAAAGAGGGUGGAUGGGGAGAGGUUUUGGUUGUACCUGUUCCUGCUGGCCUGGUGCCUGGUUCCUAGGCAUCAGGCCAGGCCAGAGGCCUUCUAGGAGGCUCUGCGGUAGGGAGGGCCACAUGGUUGGGGAUUUAGGGGCUGGCCUCACUCAAAGCUGACGAAAGGUAGAACCUAUGAGUCCCUUCUGUAAAGUGGCAAGAAAACUUCCCUUCUCACCCUACUGUUUUUCAGGCCGCUACUCUCUAUUCCCUUUAUCCAAACCUCAUAGAAUUUUAACCGGGAGAAACUUUAGACAGCAGUUUGUCUCUUCCUUUUAUAAUAAGGAAAUGGAGAAAGAGAAAGGGAAAAUAUCUUGCCCCAUGGUCAUACUGCUAGUGAUUAUCAAAAAGAAGAGGGUCCCUUUCCACUGAGGACUUCUCUACUGAUCACACUGUGCUUGGGCUGUGAGCUCCGUUUUAUGUCACAAUUCAGUAUACACAUACUAUAUGGGCAUAAGUAGUUUCUGAAACUAACUUAUUGUGCACUCUGAUUUUUUUCUCUUCUAUUUGUAUUCAAAAAGAGUACUUUGUGUUUCCCUGCUGGUCAUGGCCUUUAAACUGAUUUCACAAUUCACUGACACCUCAGUGACAGCCUGCAAUAUGAAAGUCAGAGAGCUAUAGAUAACUUUGCUAGUUGGGUUCAGGUGUUUACUUGGUGUGAUUCAACUUAUAGGAUAGGAUAGAGCAGCCAGGAAAAUAAAAGCACCUUCUCCCCACAGCCACCCCCCCAGCAAAUGCUGCAUGUGCGACUAAGUCCGAAGCAGACUGGUGUGAAGCGCAUCUAGAGAGUAACGUGUUUCUGCCCAGCGCCGCUGUGCAGUGUUUUCUCUGCACGAGGGCUCUUGGCCAAGGGCCAAGAAAGGUGAACGGGGCUGAAAAUCCUGCCUAUACUCCACGCUAAGCCACAUGCAAAGGUCUCCCCAGAGACACGGUGGGGGGGCCAUUUUGGACAGACACAGAGAACUUCUGGAAGGCCAGCAUGCAUGGGAUGAUUUUCAAGAUCCCAGGUCUGUGGUGAUUUUGCUCAUUGUGCUUAUGGACUGAGGUACCCAUUUAGUCCUAAUAAGACCGGAGAUAACACAUUGUGAGAGAGAUGAAAAAUGACAUGUAACACUAACUGUGUGUGUUUUCCUCUAAGGGGCUUUUUUCGAUUUCUGCUGCAUAAGAGAAGCUCAGGGGAAAGUGAGAGGCAGGUAAAUUUGAGGGGGAUAUAGUACUGUGGCCAGAGAAAGCAGGGGAGAUGCUGAAUUAAUAUUUCCCUUUCUGAGUUCCAGGAGGGCUUUUUCGGGAGAAGGCAGCCACUUUGGCUUAGGGAUAUGUAUAGGCCUCUCGACGCCACACGCAAGGAAAACAUGGCACAGAAGCUACACGACAGGGAGUCUUCUGAUGAGGAUGGGAUACUCUAUAAGGAUGCAGGGUAAAUGAUAGGGGACAAUUUAAAAUUCUCCUCUAAAAUGAGGAAAUAAUGAAAACUAUAAUUGUUCCUUUCAAAAGUAAAAGCCUUGGCAUUAUUCUUCCUACCCCAGGGAAGUCAUCAAAGCCCCAGCAGAGAAGCUUCUGGCUGCAUAUUGGGUUGAUGAAGGGGCGGGUGAGGAAAGUGAGACCGCACACGAGACAGCCACAGAGUGAGCCCUGUUCUGCCUCAAGCCACCUGCAAAUUUUAUUUUCUAAUAUUGGCUUCUCAGCAUUGCUUGCAAAAUACUUAUUUUUCUCAUACUAAAAUGUAUAAAUUCAUAGCCAAGUCUAACCAUGUGGUAAGGAAUUAAAAUGUAAAUAGUUGAAUAUUUAUACAUCACUAACAAGGGCCUGCAAGAAGAAGCAGAGCUGAAACUAGAAUCCCUCAUGGUAGCCAGUACUUCCACAAGAGGAAAUGUGGGCAAAGGAGGAUGAGUAGAAGGAUGAAGAGGGGCUUCCCUCCCUUGUUUCCCCAGUAUCAUCAGUCCCUGGGAACUGGAAAACAUACCAUCCUCAAGGGGCGUAGAUCAUUAAAUCAAAUAGCAAUAUAUUCUGGUGCUCUCUCUCCUGGGUCAUCAAGUACCAGUUAUUUACAACAUGCUCGACCUCCUGCCCAUAGAGGACCAUCUACUUCUGGCCCCUCUCGUACGGUCAUUGGGGUUGCCAGAAUAUUUGGAUCACUGGGCCUCCCUCCACUGUGGAGCCAAGGCCUGACUUUUCUCCCAAGUUCUCAAACUCAUGUACAAAUGUGUACCCUGUCUUGGUAGAGGGUUCUCCCCCAUUUCAAGCUGGUGGAAAAUUCCCAUUGGGUUGUUUUUUUUCUUUAAAAAGAAAUCCCAACCCUUGGAUAACUAGCAGGGAGGUUCCAGAAAGACAGGGGAAAGAAGAAUGUGUGAGAGCAGCCAUUGCCCAAGACGGCCCUCCUCAGGCCCUGGCCUCUCCUGACCCCCCUGAGGGUCAGCUGUGUGCUGCUCGGCUCCCUCCAGCUCAGCCCAGCCCCAAACCUACCCACCUCCUGCCUCACCCAGCACAGGCCCAGGGCUGCAUGAUUCCAAGUGAUUAUAUAGUGACAGUGCCACCUGCAGAAGAUGCAAAGGCUCUUCCACUCCUGCCAAGAAAGUCAUUAAUCACAUUUCUUAAGUCAGUGAGAGUUAAAUACAUUAAUGAGUAAAAGAAAUUCUGAAUGAACAAGAUUUGAUAAUCUACCAAAAUGACCACAGACAGUGCUGGUGGUUUAGUAAUAUGAGGUGAAGAACUGUGCAAGCCAUGGGGUGAUAGCACACGGUCCCCCAGAGGAUCAGUGGGCCUGGGAGAUAGCCCAGCAGGUUCCUGCCAGUUGGGUGGGGUUCCAAGCAAAGUGAACGGCCCAUCAGUUCUGAGUUAUGAGUUUGCUGAUGCUGCAUGAGAGACAUCUGUUCUCUCAGUGCCUGCCCAAGUCACCUCCCAAAGGUUCUUACUGAGAAUGAAAAACAAGUGUUUUUCUCUGGGCGGUGACUUCAGUGAGCCAACAAGUAUUUACUGUGUUUAAGGUGCAUGACUAAUACUACUAACUAUAGGAAGCAGCAGCAGCUAACACUUACCACUUGCUUGCUUGGUGCCAAGCCCUGGGUUAGGCAUCUUAUGGUCUUAUUUAGCCCAACAGUCCGUGGAAAGCAUAUCUUGUUAUCCUCAUUUGACAGAUAGGAAACAGGAUUUAAAGAAUGUAGGUAACCUGCUCAAGGACCCAAGGCCCCACGUCCAAAAGUGUGAGUUAAGGUUGGAGCCCAGAACUGUUAGACUGCAACAGGGAUGCAGAGACGUCUAAGCUGUGUUUGCCACCAAAGAGUUGAUAACAAUGAUAACAAUGAGGAGAAGGAGGCAGCUGCUGUUUAUUGAGCACCUGCUAUGGACCAGGUACAGUACUAGGCACUUUGGUUACACUAUUAGGUCACAAGAAUGGAAAGUCCCCAUGCCCGCUCAAACUCUGUAAUGAGUGGGGGUCUGAUUUCAGUAAGAGAGGUGGUCACAAAGACAGGGAGCUGACGAGAAACCAGGGGUAGAGAUCCUUGUACUGCUGGGCUUCCCAAAGUGUGGACCAGGAUUCCAGGUAGCUCCAGGUUCCUAGUUUGGGAUAUUUCCAUUCUUUCAAAGUUGGUACAUAAAUGAGGCUUAGAUAAUAUUUUUUGUAUCAUACUACCUCAGAUUUGCACAAUUUUUUAUUAGUCUCAAAUGCUACCCUACCAUAUUUCUAAAUUAAAAUUGCCAAGAGUAAGAUUCUGCUUGGUCCAGCUUGACCGAGAUUGGGCAGUGUUUUUGCCAGAGCCAGAGACUUCACCUGGCCAGCCUGUGAGUGAGCUGUCUCUCCUUGGAUCAGGGAGUCAUCCCUGGCUGUGGCCCAGAAGCAGGAGGGGUGCCCAGGGUCAGGUGGUACAACACAUGGCCGCCUGGGGCUGCCUCUGUCACCAUCUUAUGAUGGACAAACUAGCUCAGAGCCCAACUCCUUAACUGAGACCUGAGAGAUAGAAGGGGAGAGGGAGAUACAAGGCCAACAGCUACUAAAUGAAUGCAAAUUCUGAUUCCGAUGAAAUCUGUCAGAGAAUUUAGCCACUUUUUAAAAGAUAAUGAAAUGAGACAAUACAUGAUUAGGGCAAAAAUGAUACAGGGAAGAAAAUUGUAGGAUUCAGAGGAGGGAAGGUUAGGAAACUAGGGAGGGUCCAUGAAAAAGGUAGAACUUGAUCUGGGCCUGGAUUAUAUGCCAGACACUGUGGCUGGUGCUGGGGAAAGAGUUGAUUAGGACAAAGUCCCUUGUCUUGUGGGGCCUUAAGACUGAGAGGAGGCACAGACACCUGAAGAUAUAUUAUACACAGAAGACAGUGUGUUGACAUGACAAUGGCAGUGUACCAAGAAGUGGUUCAGCUCUUGGUUGGCUGGAAAGGAGUAAAUGUGAGGGAUGGCUUAGAGGAGGGGAAGAAGAAGAAAGCCAAACAGAAGUUUCUUGGGAGGACGAGAUGAAGGAAAGGCAUUCUAGACGGAGGACAGUACAGAGGCAAGAAGCAUGAAACCUUGGGUGGGCUUGAAGCGUGUGCAGUCUGGUGUUCCCAAACGUGAAGCACAAGGAGGAAAGGGCAGUAGGUGAGGCUGUGCGGGCGAGCAGAGACCCAAUCCCAAAGGGCCUGGUCAAGGCGCAUGGCCUUGACCAAACAGAGCACAAACUACAAUGUUUUAAAUAGAGAAGAGACAUGACCAAGCUUGAGUUUUAUAAAGAGUACUUUGAUGGUGGCCUAAAAGUAGAGAGGCCGAGAGGUCAACUUGGGUGUUUAGACCAAGUAGGAACUGGGAGAAAAUGGGGCACCAGACCAGGGGUUUUGAUGCAACUGAAGAGCAUGUACGCUGGAUACACAUGAGUGAGAACUGGAAGGACAAGAGCUUAUGUUCAGAGAAUGAAAGAUUGUACAUUUAAGAUUUUUUAUGACAAAUUCCAGAUGAUGAUAAGGUCCAAAUGUAACCUGGGAAUGGAGAUCAGUGAGGUGUUGGGAAUCCAGAAGGUGAUGAGAAAUAAUUCGGAUAGUCCUGGGCACUCAUUCCUUUCCCCUUUCAGUAGCUCAGCAAAAAGCUAGCUCAGCAGGUACCAGCGAACUCAAUGGAGCAAAUAGGCUCCCCCUCCUACUGCGACCAUUUCUGUCACCAAGCAGUUGCCACUGUUAGUAGUAUAGACGUUCCCUGCCUCACCAUCCCUGUAACUGUGACGCACUCCAGGCUGGCUCCUCCUCUAUGGGAACUCUGAUCAUGGGACACACAAUCCAGCUAAGUCUGGUCUAAUCCCCUUCUCUGAAAGCUUGAGGGAUUGAGUGCACCCUGUUAUUGUUCUGCUUAUAAGUCCCCCCCCCCCCGAACAAUAAAACCCUACUGUAUAUUUGCACAGUAGGGGGUUGAGGAAUUUCGUCCCCAGGAAAAUCUGUUGGUUGUUGGCAUGGUAAGUAUUGUGGUAGAUGUGGAACCUAGAAAAAUGGUACAGAUGAGCCGGUUUGCAGGGCAGAAGUUGAGACACAGAUGUAGAGAACAGACAUAUGGACACCAAGGGGGGAAAACUGCGGUGGGGUGGGGAUGGUGGUGUGCUGAAUUGGGCGAUUGGGAUUGACAUGUACACACUGAUGUGUAUAAAAUUGAUGACUAAGAACCUGCAGUAUAAACAAACAAACAAAACAACUAAUACUAAACUUUCAUUGGGUUAUUUGUAUGGAAAUAUGUUAAUAUAAAUGUUUCAGACAUUACAUGAAAUUUCUAAAAAUCUUAUAUUUGUAUUUGUAUGGAAAUAUGUAUGGAAAUAUGUUAAUAUAAAGGUUUCAGACAUUAUAUGAAAUUUCUAAAAAUCUUAUAUUUGUAUUUGUAUGGAAAUAUGUAUGGAAAUAUGUUAAUAUAAAGGUUUCAGACAUUAAAAAAAAAAAAAAUCCCACAAGGACUCAGAGGCAAAGAAUAUACAAAUCAAUUUUCACUGCAAAGUAAAGGAGCUGUUACAGUGGAGGAUUACUGCACUGAAUGUCAAUAUUAUGACAUAGUAUGAGUGUGUUUCAUGUUUGGUAAUUGCAAUCAUUGUUGCUUUUGUUGUGGUCAUCCAUGUACAAUGCUUGGUGUCAGUCUAUUUAUCUCUUGUAAAAAUAAUAUGCAGUGUGUGUGUGUGAAAAAAAAAAAAGGAAAAGAAAAAAGAAACUGUGUUCCCAAAUGAAACCCUGGGAUAGGAUUAGUCAUUUACAUCUUUUAAAAAUAAAGUCCAACAGUAUUA